AUGCGGCUGAGCGUAUGCACCGUGAGCAUGCCGCAUCGGCCGGGUAGGGAUGCCAUGACGCUUGGCAGGCCUUUCGUCGACGAAGGCUCGGGCGAUUUCGUCCGGUUUGGAGGCAAUAUAUUGAACUUGCUAAAUUUUGUGCGGACAUUUGGUGAUCACGGUCAAGCUCCUGAGGAUGUUGUCGCUGAAUACUACCAACAGCAAGUGGAAAUGCUGGAGGGUUUCAAUGAAAUGGAUGCGCUGACAGAUCGUGGUUUUCUUCCUGGAAUGUCCAAGGUUGCUAGGAGUGAAACAUUAGCCAUCCGGCUGUCAAACAUUGCAAACAUGGUUCUUUUUGCUGCAAAAGUGUAUGCUUCAGUACGUAGUGGCUCGCUUGCUAUUAUAGCUUCCACUUUGGAUUCUCUUCUUGACUUGUUAUCGGGGUUCAUCUUAUGGUUUACUGCAUUUUCUAUGCAAACACCAAAUCCCUACAGAUACCCAAUUGGUAAAAAGCGCAUGCAGCCGCUGGGAAUACUUGUCUUUGCCUCAGUCAUGGCAACGCUUGGCCUUCAGAUCAUCUUAGAAUCAACUCGAUCACUGUUGUCUGAUCUGUGUGGGAGCCUUGAUCUUUCAGUAUCAGUAACACAUAGUCCCUGCAGUUCACUAAAAGCUGUCAUUUGGGACAUGAGUAAUCAAACUUUUAAAAUCGGCUACUUGUACAUACUCCCUCCAUCCCAAAAUAAGUGUCUCAAGGGUGGUGAAUUCAGCUUGACGAAGGAGCAGGAAAAGUGGGUUGUGGACAUCAUGCUCUCAGUGACGCUGGUGAAACUUGCCCUGGCUUUAUAUUGCCGCACGUUCACCAACGAAAUCGUCAAGGCUUAUGCGCAGGAUCACAUUUUCGAUGUUAUCACUAAUAUAAUUGGCCUUGUGGCUGCACUGCUCGCAAAUUAUUUUGAAGGAUGGAUCGACCCAGUUGGUGCAAUUAUUCUAGCAAUCUACACCAUCAGGACAUGGUCCAUGACGGUGCUGGAAAACGUACACUCGCUCGUCGGGCAGUCGGCUUCGCCAGAGUACCUUCAGAAGCUGACCUACCUUUGCUGGAACCACCACAAGGCCGUGAGGCACAUCGACACGGUGCGUGCCUACACGUUCGGCUCGCACUACUUCGUGGAGGUGGACAUCGUGCUGCCGGCCGGUAUGCCGCUGCAGGAGGCGCACGACAUCGGCGAGGCCCUGCAGGAGAAGCUGGAGCGCCUGCCUGAGAUCGAGCGCGCCUUCGUGCACCUUGAUUACGAGUUCACCCAUCGGCCUGAGCACGCUCUGUCCCACGACAAGCGUCGCAGAAAAACCUGCGGGUGCAGCACGGAACUGAAAUGUGCAUACUGGAGUGCCGGAUCUGGCGAUGUCGACGUAGAUUGUGUCUUUUGUAGCAUCAUCAUCUUGAAAGAUUCUCCUCCAAAAACCUUGUGGGAAAAAUAUGAGGAGUGGUGUAGAAUAUGUUGCUAA